CGUGCGGUGGCGGCACCUCCCCUCCCAGUCGGCCCGGCCCAGCGCUGGAUCCGGGUUUCCCAAGUCUGCCGCGGAGCAGCCACCUGGGGGUUCGGGACUUGGCUGCGCUUAGGCGGACGCUAUGGCCGAGGAGCGGGACGUGUUUCUAAGAGCCCGGGGCAGGACGCUGAGCGCCUUUCGCGAAGAUGAUGAAUGUCAAUGGAAAGCCCCUUUCUACUUCAUCCAAGGAGCAGAUCCUCAGUUUGGACUGAUGAAAGCCUGGGCAAUUGGUGACUGUGACAAUGGAGGUGAUGAAUGGGAAGAGGAGAUCAAAUUAACAGAGCAAGCUGUGCAAGCCAUUAACCAGUUAAACCCCAAGCCAAAAUUCUUUGUACUGUGUGGUGACCUCAUACAUGGUAUGCCAGGAACUCCGUGGCGAAAGAACCAAGAACAAGAUUUGAAAAAUGUCCUGAAGAACAUUGACGAAGACAUUCCUUUGGUAUUUGUCAGUGGAAAUCAUGAUAUCGGCAAUGUUCCAACACCUGAAACAAUAGAUGAUUAUUGCAAGCACUGGGGAGAUGAUUACUUCAGUUUUUGGGUUGGAGGAGUUUUCUUUCUUGUGCUUAACUCUCAAUUAUACUUUGAUUCCUCUAAGUGUUCCGAGUUAAAGCACGCCCAAGAUGAGUGGCUUAAUGCACAACUGGCUGUAGCUGAGAAACGGAAGUGUAAACAUGUAAUAGUAUUUCAGCAUAUUCCUCUAUUUCUACAAAACCCAGAUGAAGACCAUGACUAUUUUAACUUGGAAAAGUCUGUUCGGCACGAGCUGAUGGAAAAGUUUCAUAAAGCAGGCAUUAAAGCUGUAUUUUCUGGACACUACCAUAGGAAUGCCGGAGGGUCCUACAAGGAUCUAGAGAUGGUGGUUUCAUCAGCAAUCGGAUGUCAACUGGGAGAAGAUACCCAUGGGCUUAGAGUGGUCAUUGUCACAGCUGAGAAGAUUGUUCACAGAUACUGCAGUUUAAAUGAUCUGAGUAGCCGAGGAAUAGAAAAAGAGCUGAUGGAUUUGAUUAAGCAAAAUUAGCCAUUUUCUAACUAUGACAAGUCUCCAGUUUAUUUUUAAUUCGCAUGUUUUAUUUCACAGAUAGAAACACCAGCUCAGCAAAAACAAAAAAGCCUACCACAAGCUGAAGAUGAUUCCCAGUUGUGUAUUAUGCACCAAAAUAGUUGUCUUAACUCAUUACCAUCCUAAAUAACAAAGCAGAAAGGUGUGCAGAGAUAUUUAUACCUUUGAGGGGAAAUGAAACCAAUUAUAAUAUGAAAAAUAAUAGAAGUAAUGCUAUCGCUAUUGAUUUUGUAAUGGGGAAGAACUAUUCUGAGGAUUAGCUGCUCUAUUCCUGGAUCAGACUUUUAAAGCUAAGUAAGCGUACCCAUGAGUAGAAGCAGUGGCUUCUGGAUGACAAACCCAACUCCUAGUCCACCCUUCUGUUCUAGUGAGGCCUGCAAGAUGCAUCUCAAAAUCAUACUUAAUGUUCUCUAUUACUUUCUUGGUAAUCCUCCAGAAAGUGACAAAGUACAUGUGGCAUGUUCGUAUUCAGUAUGGGCUAAUCCAAACUCUUUGAAGUCAACGAAAGUCCUCUCUCUGACUCCAAUGAGUUUUGGAUCUCACUCUAUUUCUGCUUCCUUCCAGUUGAUGUCAUCUCCCAUCCCUAGCCUUUACUUCUGUAAUCUCUUCACAACCACUACAGCAAUCGGAGCAAGCUGGAUUCUUCUCUGCCUAGCAAAUCACCAUUGUGGGUGCUGUAGGAGAGACAAGACUUACAAUUUGGGUCUGCAGGAGUGGAGGUUAGAAAAGCCUGUAAAUUAAGAAAAUAUAACAAGAAAGCCGUAAAGAGAAACAAAAUGUAGAAAAAUCAUUUUACCGAUACCUUUUGGCAUUUAACCGCAAUUAAACUUGCUGUUGAGUUCCCUGUAAGAGCAUAUCCUCUUUAGAAAAUAGCUGACUCCUAGACAAAUGGAGAUUUAUGGAUGUCCAUAAAGAACGCACAAUAUUGUAGAGACAGAAUACAUCAUCUCUCUUGUACAUAUGUCAUUUCUAUAAGAGGAUAGUAAAAAGAUUUAGAUAUGUGAGAGACGUGCCCCUGUGUACCCCAAGUUAGUUUCGCUGAAGUCUUCGAAAGCCUGUCAGGUAGUUUAUUACUUAAUUUUAACUGUGUCAGCUUUUCCAUGGAGAUGCUCCACACUACAUGUUAGGGAGGCUGAGGAGAUUCUGACAUUGGUCAGGGCUAUUCUGGCUUCUGACAACAGAAAUUGAAUAAUUAAUUAGGGUGAAAUUUCAAAGUUGUGCUUAAUACAGGGAAAUAUUUUUAUAAAUAGGCAGACAGGAAAACCAAGGUAUAGGCGGCCUCCUACACAUCCAUAGAUGCCUCUGCAGGAAUCAGUUUAUGCACACAACCCAUGAAAUAGCUUUCCUGGUUUAAGAAAGGUUUAGAGCAGAAAUAGGCAAACUACAGCCUGUCCUGCCUGGCCCCUGAGCUCCCGGCUCCUACCGGGCGGUGGGGCUGCGAGCGCCUGCUGCUCUGAGCAGCGUGGUAAGGAGGUGGAGGGGGUUGGAUAAGGGGCAGGUGGUCCCAGAGGACAGUCAGGGAGCAGGGCGGGGGUUGGAUAAGGGGCAGGGUCCCGGGGGGGGGCAGUUAGGGAUGGGGCUGUGAAUAGGGAUUGGGUUGGGUCAGUCAGGAGCUGGGGGCAGUUGGAUGGGGCAGAGGUUCGGGGGGAGGUCAGGAGAUGGGGAACAAAGGGUUGGCAUGGGAAUCCUGAGGGGCCCAUCAGGGCGGGGGUGUGGAUAGGACUCAGGGCAGUCAGGGGACAGGGAGCAGGGGAGGUUGGAUAGGUCAGAGGUGUAGGGGGGGCAGUCAGGGGGUCCAGGCUGUUUGGGGAGGUACAGCCUUCCUUACCCGGUCCUCCAUAGAGUUUUGCAGCCCCUAUGUGUUCCUCGGGCCAAAAAGCGUGUCCUCUCCUGGUGUAGAGCCUCCAAGUGGCCUUACGUAGUUGGAUAUUGUUUUAGUAGUCUGGUUUUCAGGAUGCCACCUCAGAUUUAGCAGUUUGUCCUUCACUAAGGCUAAGGACCAGAUUUAUAAAGAUAUUUAGGCUUGAUUUUUAAAAGCAUCUAGGUGCCUACCUUCCACUGAUUUCAAUAGUAGUUAGGCACCUAGUAGAAUUUUCAAAAGUGCCUAUCUGUAGCUUUAGCCACUUUAAAAUCUGGCCCCGAAUGGUUGAGAUGUCUUUGUCCUUCCUGCUAGUUAAUGCUUUAGAGUGGUGCUCCCCUUACAGUUUGUUGCAGAAGGAAGGGUAUUCCAAUGUUACUUAUAUCAUUUAAGUAUUGCAGUUCAGGUUAUAGUAGCUCAUCAGAAAGAACGGGGAGUAUGACAGGCACUGGGUGGUUCUGUUGGUUUUGCCCCAUACAGUAGAGUGAGCAGAAAAACAAUAAGGUGGUUCAUUUAAUUGGGAGGGUGAUAUUUGGGGGAGCUGAGAUAGAUUUGAAAAGAAUGGUUUUCCAUAAACAUGAGACAUUAAUAGAAUGGGUAUGAAUGAGUGGUUCUAAAAUAUUUAGAAUUUAUGAUUUUAUAGAUGAUAUAUAAACAAGUGGAAUUAUAAAGCAUGAAUGUGUUUAUGCAGAACCAUUUUAACUAUACAAAGUCAUAACUCAAAUUUCAACAUUAAUUCACAUUGUAUAAAUAGUUCCAAGUUUGCUUUUUAUAAGAGAGAUUUUUUUUACCAUAAAUUGUUCAUUGUCUUCUCACUAAAGUGUGUUACUACACUGUGAAAUCUUUUUAAAUCCAAUUAAAAAUAUAUAUAUUCCAAAUAGUGUGUACCCUGUGAUUUCUAAGAAUAUUUUAACUGUUACAAACCCUUGUCAAAACAAAAAGAUACUAGCUUUAUAAAAUACAGAUGCUUCUGGUGUCAUUGUUGAAUUCAAAUAUUAGAUUUACUGAAUCUUAUACUUUAUUUGAAUGGAAUUAAUGUUCCAGAAGUUUUGGUUUCGUUGUAUAUAUAUUAGUUUUCAUGAUUGAGUGAAGUAUAAGAAGCUUCAGGAAUUAUACAUUAAUCAUACGGUCUACCAUGAGAAAGAAAGAUACUGUAUAAAUCAGGGCUUUCAAGUCUUAUUAAUAGCGAAUCUUUCAGAUCCAUUCAUGACACUAUGCUGGAAUAAAAUAAAUACAAGGUUCACUGAACCAGUGAUGCCAGCUUUGUUGUCAGAGGUCCACUUCUGUCAUGGAUUUGCUUUUUUCCUAGGCCACUUCCUAUUCUUGGGAAGUCCUUCUGAGGCUGAAACCCAGCGUACUGCCCUGUCCUCCUUCAAAUCCCUCCCUAAAGGCCCACACUUCUACCUAUAAAAAUAUAAGCUGCAAGGCAGCUGUAUGUUUUUAAAAAAUGGAAUUAACAUGAUGUGCUUAGUAUCACCUCACACAUUUAAUGACGUUUAGGGAUAGAACUUGGAUCAGCUAAAAGUGUGGGAUACUCUGAUUGCAGGAUAUCUACAGCAGAUGGCUGUUUGUCUGUCCUGCUUCCCAGCAGCUGGCUCAGCAGCAGAUCUCCAGUUAGCCCUCCAGCUAAGGAGAAGUAAAAAAAAAAAAAAAAAAAUCCCAAAAUGUCUGAUGUGUGGUCAAGUUUGGCAGACAUGAUGGGCAACAGGAGGUUUACCCUGGCAUCCCCACCCAUCCACUUCACACAGCACAGCGUUUGAACAGUCUCUGCAGCGUGUACAUGCACAUGCUUCCUGCUGUCUUGCAGGGUCAGCCCCUUAUUGUCUGUAUAAUUAGAAGACCAGUACAUUUUAAUUGGGAAUUAGAAUCUUGGUUACGGUGACAGAAACAAUACCAUUCAGCAGGAGCUAGUGCUAGUGACCUGUGAACUGUGUGUGCCUGUUUUUCCAGAGGAAGAAUGCACCAUGUGUUCAUACUUUAUUUAAAAACAGGUGUCACUUCCCUAAUUUAGUCAUGUUAUACCUUUUUUAUUGCUCAGCAAAGUACAGUAGUGUCCCAGCUGGCCAUUGCAAGAAUAUAAAAGCAAAUGUCUAAAACAUUUCUUAACCUGCCAGUUAAGAGAUUUGAAGCAAGUCUUCAAACUCAUCUGAAUAGUUUAAACUGAUCACAUGAAGUAGUACAUAGGAGAAUCAACAAGAAGGUUUCACUUAGGAUAUUGAAAUGUACUAAAUAUAAUGUAUAUUUUAAUAAGAAAUCAAGGGGAAUUUAACUCUAAAAUACAAUUGAAUCAACACUUUUCCAAAGUAGUAAAAAGUUAUUUAAAAUAGGAGGAGAGGGGAAGGGUAUCUCACAUAUUAAAAUACAUCUUAAAAAAAAAAGUUUGUAACCUGGAACUUUAUCGUGGCUAAUCAACAGAAAAGGUAGAUUGAGCAGUCAUGGUGCAAGAUAAAGAAUACUUUACAAUGUGCUACAAACCUGGACAGCAGAUCUUUUGAGGAGUCUUACCAGUUUCUCAUUCACUGAUCAGAUGAGUUUUUAAUUCUAGAUCAAUUCACAUUUUAAUAAAGCAAUGAUUAAUACAUAUGUCUGGUUUUUAAAAAAUAAGGCCCAAUUCUGAAGAUCUUGGGGAGAACGGGGGCGGGAAAGGGUGGUGGAAAUCAAAUUAAUGGAAGUUCUACCCAGGUAAUGACUACAGGCUUGGAUCUGUAGUAAUUACAUUUACUCUAGUCACUUUGGAAAAAAUAAGUUAAAAGCGAUUUCAUAUGCCCAAGGCCCCAUUCUGGAUUUUCUUUUACAAUCACAUUUUCCUUUAAGAUGUUUCUCUCUCUCUC